UCUGUUGGAUCGCGCCGUUGUCAGUGUGAUCUGCUAGCUCUGAAUGCCGCACGGCCAAGGAGGCAUGAAGACCGCAAACGAUAAGCGGGAUACAUCGCUAGUGGAUAUACGGAAGAAGACAGGGACGUGGUCUGCUAUGCUGGUUUUUUUGUCAGAAUGGGUGAGCGUCAAACCUGUGUGAAGCUUAGUGAGGAGAAACUCAUACCAAAGGCUGACAUCUUGUCACUGCUGCGAACCUACAACUGCUACCACGAAGGCAAAAACUUCCAGCUGAGGACUCGUGAGGAGGAUGGGGAGCUCAUACUUGAGGGGUUAUUGAACAUCUACUGGGGUCUGCGCCGACCAAUCAGACUUCAGAUGUAUGAUGACAACGAAAGAUUCCGUCUGAACCGAUUGUCUGUGGCCAAGCAGGUGUCGGCUGAGUCCAACAAUAAUUUACUGGACAGAGAAACAGAACCAGCAGGUGCUGAUGUAAGUGUUGGAGAGGAAGAGGACUCUCCUCAGCUGCUGAGGACCAGGAGUGAUGCUUCCUUCAUGCAAGUUCAGAGGAGGUCAAAGACACACACUGCCAGAGACCUGCAGCGCUUACGUACCCACAGGUUCUCCAUCAAUGGACACUUCUACAACCACAAGACUUCUGUUUUCACUCCUGCCUACGGUUCAGUCACUAACGUCAGAGUCAACAGCUCCAUGACGACUGGACAAGUCCUGAACCUGUUACUACACAAGUUUAGGGUGGAGAAUAAAUAUGAGGAGUUUGUUCUUUAUAUGGUCCAUGAGUCUGGAGAGAGGACCCGACUUAGGGAUGGCGAAUACCCGCUGGUGGCCCGAGUGCUUUAUGGACCCUGUGAGAAAAUCUCCAAGAUCUUUAUCAUGGAGGCCGACCUGGGAGAGGAAGUCACAUAUGAUGUUGCUCAGUACAUAAAGUUUGAAAUCCCGGUUUUAGACAGCUUUGUCGAGAAACUUAAGGAGGAAGAAGAACGUGAGAUAAACAAACUGACCAAAAAGUUCAGCGCUCUGAGGUCUAUGAUUCUACAUCAGCUUGAAGGCAGAGCUCACACCAGUGACAGAGUAUGAGUGUGUCUGAAUGUGUGUGUGCAAGGGCAUGGGUUUGGAAACAACCUCCAACACCAAAUAAGAUACAUAUAUAAACAUAUGAUUAAUAGGGAUGGAUUUAUUUAAGUAAUUUUAAUAAUGAACGAAUACUAUGUUGUGAAACCAACCUGCUCUGAUUAAGAUGCUGAAGAUUUUUUGGUCAAAGUAAACUCGAGACCUGAGUUUAUUUUUGUUGAAUAUUGAUUUUGAGGCUUCUAUUUAUAAUGCACAAUUGGGAGACUGAUUAAUUCAUUUGGUAAAUUAAUCCAAUCUGAUAAUAUAUUUUAUGGUCAUUAUCAGCUGUGGUCAAUAGUUAAUGAGUUUUCGACACUGGAAUAACUGACACUGAUAGAAAAUGAUAGCUCAAAAGAUAAACACUCUUAAUUUGAACUUGAGUUCCACAUGUAUUGAUUGCACAGUAUUUAAUGUUCAGUUAUUCAGAUUUAUUUAUUUAGGUAUUUAUUAUUUUGAUGUAGAUGUUCAGUUGAACAGUUACCCAGUGACUAAAAAUAGAUGUAUAAUAUGUUUUCAACAAUGAAAUUACAGGGGGUAGAGACGGAAAUGAUAAUGGCUGAUUAAUCAACUCUCGUCCUUUUCCUGCUCCAAACCAUUGUUGUUAUAUUGACCUUAUUAUAUAACCAAACUGGUGGUUCAGCUAAUUAGGACAUCUGAUAAAGGCCAGAAAAUACAUCUGUUUUUGCAUUGGUCUCUAACCUCUCCAACCUCUGGCCAUGGUGUUGUUGAGAUACCAUACAAUUGAGGAUGACGAAAGAAAUUAUUAGUAGGUGCUUGACUGGGUCAAAAACAGAAAAUUUAGAUGUAUAUUAAGGAAUCAGGUGCUCAUUAAAGAUAGGGGCAUAACUGCUUGAAAAAUAUAUCCAAAAAUGUGUAAAUAAUCUAUAAUCAAUGUAAAAAAAAAAAGUAAAUAGUGCCAAAAAACAACUGCCAAAAACAAAUCUGAGGCACUCUGAUACAAAAGUAACUUGUUUUAGAUGUUGCAUUUUUGCACUUUUUACUUUUUGAGCAUUGAUUAAUGAUUUUUAGGGAUAGUCUUUGUCUUUUUUUUUUUUUUCUCUUUUUUUCAUGCAUUUCACCCAUCUUCCUUGAUGAGCAUGAUCCUUUGAUAUCACUAUCAAUACUUAUAAUUGCUCUUUUUUUAUUCCUUAAUGGUGAUUUAUAGACUGAAAUUCAUUUCACAAAUAUAUAUCCUAUAAAUAUUUUCUCCUGCUUACUGCUAGACUACAGAUUGCAUUGUCCUGUCAGUUAACGUUACUUCAAAUGUUUACCUUGCAUCAGCAGAUGUUGUUUUAUACAGUACAAAGGCUGCAGAUGUUCACUAGCAGGUCUUCAAUUUCAACCGCCACCUAGAACAUAAACAAUUUUCACCUGGUGUUACUUAUGCUCCUGGUAGUGAAAAAGCUACUAAGGCCUCUUCCCAUUUUGGUGAUAGCUUAACAAAGUACAUACUAUGCUGACAUUACAUUAUAGGAAUAAGAUAAGAAAACAUUUUAAUGGGUUUCACUCUCUGAAAGAGAAAAUAAUGUAAUCAAGUUAGCACCAAUAUUAUAAGGACUAUUUUUUUCCUUCCGAAAGGGACAUGAAUGACCUACCGUCUAUAUGCAAACCUACGCCCUUGCAUGUGUGUGCAUGGGAAGAAGUGGAUGCAACACUAAUGAUGGAUUUACUACAGGAACGAUAAUAAACCCAGCAGUGAAUGUACAGGCAAUGGUCAAAGGGUAAAACUGAAGGCUGCAAUAGAACCAUAUCAUACACCAAUGUGCUUCUACUUUUACAAUACCAUUUCUCAACAGUUUGUAUGAUCAUUUUUGUUCUUACUGUGUUAAUGUUUUGAUAUCUCUGCUAUUAAUAGAUUCACAUUUUGUAUUACUGCAAAUAUGGAUAUUUAUACAAGCUGAUUUUGUAAUGUUUUCUCCAACUUGGACCUUUUAUAUGUAAAAAAUAAAUAAACUUAAGUGUGGCCUUUAUACAUUUUGUUGGA